AUGUCAAUUGUGACUAUUAGGAAUGUUGAAUUUCUCAACAACCCAGCGCGGUUCCUAGAUCCAUAUCACUUUCGCGUGACAUUCGAGUGUAUAGCUCCUCUUCCAGAAGAUCUGGAAUGGCGCCUGAUAUACGUAUCUUCUCCUGGAAAUGAGGAAUUGGAUCAAGAACUAGAUGACUGUUUAGUUGGUCCCGUACCAGCGGGUGUUAACGCGUUCGACUUUGAAGGUUCAGCGCCAAGUCCAUCAAAAAUCCCCCCAGAAGACGUCUUGGGAGUCGCCGCGCUUAUCCUCACAGGCUCUUACAAGGAGCAGGAAUUCGUCAGAGUGGGUUAUUAUCAGAACACUGAGUAUGACAACGAGGAAAUGAAGGAGGCCCUGCCCGAUCCUAUUCGUUUUGAUCGGUUGGUGAGAGACAUCAACUCAAAGCCCAGGGUAACCAGGUUUCAGAUCAAAUGGGAUAUAUCACCGCCACAGCCAGGGCACACCGUGUCAGUAGGGGCAGCGACUUCUGCUGCGGUCCCUUCGGCAAACGAUCUUGAUGCAGAAGAUCCAGAACCCGGACAAAAUGGUCCUUCCUCAUGA